AUGUCGGAUCAGCACAACAAGGUAAACGCUUUACUUUUACAAUUUCUUCAUUAAUUUAAUUCGUUUUUAGUCCUCUUCGUCGGAUGAAUGGCAAAAAUUGGACAUGCGGUACGAUGAGUUCGACGUUUUGGUCAAUGAUAUUGACGAACAUGAACUCGAAUUGGUAAUUUAUUCUGCUUUAUUUAUUAAUUCUUAUUCUGCUUGAUUUUAGAUUGGAAGAACUAACGAAGUUCCGAAUUUGAGUGCCGGCAUUUUUCACUUCUCCACCUUUUUCCAGUCAAUGGUCAUAUCUUGGUUCGGAACUCACGCUUCAUGGUUCCGAUGGUCUGCCAGUUGGCCGGAAAGCCGAACAAGCCAAGCGUCAAUGUCUGGUUCCUGCUCGACACAGGUUCUCCGUUCACUUGUCUCACAAUGAAGUCGAUGAAGGCGAUCCUGGGCGCUAACAAGGACAUCCACGAGGAUGAUCGAUUCAACAUUGCGAUCCAGGUUUGUUUGUAUUUUAGUUAGAAUUUGAUGAAUAAGUCAAAUGUUUAGGACCAGAGCAGCAACAUCCUAUGUCAAGUCUCGAAAGCUCAUUUCAAGGAAGUCAACAUUCUGGGAGCAGAUACGUUGAGCGAUUUGGAGCUCUGGACGCGCGGCCAUUGGAAGGACAAGAAAUUCCAACUCUACAAGCAAUAA